CCGAGAUGACAUUUGCCUCUUAGGAGCCAUGGGGGAGCAAUUGUUGCAGAGGCCCAAGGAUUUAUUGACGUUUACAGAGAGACCGAACUGAGAGGAGAUGAAGAGCAGACGAAUAUCCCAACAUGGAGAUCCGAUUCAGGUGUUGACAAAGGAGUAUUUGACUUUGAAGCUGAAAGGUUUUCUUUUAGGGUUUCUGACAAUGCUGGAUAUGGGGAUUUAGGAUUUGCGAAGUCUCUGUGUUUCUUUCUUUCCUUUUGUGGGUUUCAAUAGAUUCUGCUGAUAUUACAGAUGAAAACAAGGUGUCAGAGGAAUGUGUUUCGAUGGGCUUCGGUGGGUUGAAGGAAUUUUGUGUUUAGAUGAGAAUGAAGUUGGGUUUUUCUGUUUUUGUUGAUUGUUUUUGAUGGGUUUGGAGGAAUUUGGUAUUUGGAGUUGGAUUGUGCUUGCAGAAUCUUUUGGAGGUCUCUGUUUUGAUCUGGAUGCAUCUUCUUCUUCUUCUCUAUUGAAGAAGAACAAGGAGGAGUAUCAAGGAGUUGGUAGGAGCACCAAAGAUGGACGAAGAGCCUACCUCUUGGGUGAGGAGGGCGAAAUUCUCUCACACAGUUUAUCACCGGUUGGAUUCUCUGAAAGUGCCGUCGGUUCCACUCUCCAUUCCAUCAAAUCGUGAAUCCGGAGGAUUGAAGUCAAGGCCACCAUCCGUUGCUGUUAAUAACAGACCGGCAUCUCUGGAGGGGGAAAUUCCAAAAAGUCCUAAAACCAUCAAACAGAGGUCUGCAUCGCCUCUUCCUGAAACAGUCCUAUCGGAUGAGUUUAAGGAAGCUCGGUCUGAUCGGAAGAGAUUCUCUACUCCUAACCCUCGAAGAAGAGAACCCGAGAAGGGAAUUUCUUAUCAAGUGUUUGACAAAUAUUCCCAAGAUACUCGGGCAUCUGAUUCUUUAAAAUCCUCGAUUCUUGCCCCUCCGAAGCACCUUUCUUCUAAGAAAAAUUCUGAGAAAUAUAGCCGAAAAGAAUCAUCGUGGACAAAGUACUUUGAACAUGGAGGGGUAAAGGUCACAGCCGUGGAAACAACAGAUGAAUGGACAGUUGAUCUAUCCAAGUUGUUCCUUGGGGUUAAAUUCGCCAGUGGGGCGCACAGUAGGCUUUACCAUGGAAUAUACAAGGAUCAGCCUGUUGCAGUGAAAAUUAUUAGACUACCAGAUGACGAAAAUGGAUUUAUGGCAGCUCGACUAGAGAAAGAAUUCAGUAGAGAAGUUACUAUCCUGUCUCAUCUCCACCAUCAAAAUGUAAUAAAGCUGGUUGCUGCAUGUAGAAAGCCACCUGUCUUCUGUAUCAUUACGGAGUAUCUCUCGGGGGGUUCAUUGAGGGCUUUCUUACGCAAGCUCGAUCAUAAAUCUCUUCCCUUAGAGAAGCUGGUUACAACUGCUCUGGAAAUUGCUCAGGGGAUGGAGUACGUUCAUUCACAAGGUGUUAUUCAUCGUGACCUUAAACCUGAGAACAUCCUCUUUGAUGAAGACUUCCACCUCAAAAUUGCUGAUUUUGGAAUAGCAUGUGAGGAGGCUUAUUGUGAUUCUGUAGCUGAGGACCCAGGGACAUAUCGUUGGAUGGCACCAGAGGUUAUCAAACACAAACCCCAUGGACGGAAGGUUGAUGUCUACAGCUUUGGACUAAUUUUAUGGGAAAUGGUAGCUGGAACAAUCCCUUACGAGGAUAUGAAUCCCAUCCAGGCUGCUUUUGCUGUAGUAAACAAGAAUCUAAGACCUGUUAUUCCAUGUGACUGCCCACCUGCACUGCGAACUUUGAUUGAGCAAUGCUGGGCCUUGCAACCAGAUAAGAGACCCGAAUUUUGGCAGAUUGUGAAGGUAUUAGAGCAAUUCGAGUCUUCACUUGCCCGUGAUGGCACAUUGAACCUGGUCCAAAACUCGACAUGCCAAGAUCACAAGAAGCGGUUGUUUCAUUGGAUUCAAAGGCUUAGUAAUGUGAGUAUAGAUGGUUCAGUCAUGUCUAAACCCAAAUUCUAAUUUUCCCAUCAAAUCCUGGUUUUUUAUAGUUUUACCAGGUUAUUUAUGUAAUUAAUGGCUUUGCUUUGAAAGCAUCUGUGCCUCUGUGGGUUUCUCUGGCACAAGGAUGUUCAUACUAAUUGAUACACAACAUGCAUUCAGGAUGCCUUUCAUCUCUUGUGCCAUGCACACAUGCUUAUCAACCUGGGCUUGAUCAA